AGCAACGGGACCCACUUCAGUUAUGAGAACACUAUCAGCGGGGAUGUGGACCCUCAUGAUGGCCUCGAAAGUCAUGAGAAGAGCAUCCACCUGCACUUCUCCUGUGACUAUGCUCUGACCCAGGCACUGUCUAUGGAUGUUGGCAUCAAACCUGUAGCGAGCAUUGUGAACAAGAGACAUCCAUCUGGUCUGGGCCAUUAUCAUUUGAGGAUGAUACCCUACCGGGACCCUGGCUUCCACUUCCCUUUGACCAGAAGCAGAAAUUUAGAAAUGGAAAUAGAUGAGAGGUUAUACAUUGAGGUUCAGACGCAGGGAAUUGAUGAGCGGCAGAUCUCCACUAUCCUGGACUCUUGCUGGGCAACGCCUGUUAAUGAUCCCAGCUACCCUGUGCGCUGGGAUCUGAUCACCACACAGUGUCCUAAUCCAGCAGAUGGCACAGUAGAGCUGCUUCAGAACGGCGUCUCCACCGUAGCCCGUUUCUCAUUCAGGAUGUUCACCUUUACCAACUUUUCAUCUAUCUACCUGCACUGCCAAGUCCACCUGUGUCUUUUGAGACACAAUUACUGCACAGCUCAUUGCUACCCAGGUUACCAUGCAAGAGUGGUGAGGGAUAUUUCCUACCAUGACAGUGAAGGCAUUUCAUUGGGACCGCUUGUAUUGAACACAGAUCACACGACAGGGAAGGCAAGAAGCUGGAAAAUGGGCUCUCUUUUCAUCGUUUCCCCUCCUGGAGGCAACGGGAGGAGAGGAGUCCUUCUGCAGAGCAGUCCAACCCCUGUUAACAGCUGGACUGUACAGAGUAUGAGUGGCGUAGUACUCCUGAGGAUGAACGACUGCUGUGAAUACCCCCUGAAUCUGGCCCUGUCUAUGGCUGUGGGCAUCAACCCCAUAGAAAGAGGUUUAAUGCCAAGAACUCUUGAAAGCCAAAUCACAAUGGAGAAGACACCGAGCUACUUUGUGACAAAAGAGACACCACACCGGAUUUCUACCAUGUCCCAAGACACCAAGCUCAUAGAGGUGGUGCGAGACCCCGUCACUCGAGCAAUAUCGGACUACACUCAGACGUUAUCCAAAACGCCGGACCUGCCGAGCUUCCAGGACCUGGCCUUCAGGAAUCAGAGCCUGGGAAUCGCUGACAUGUCCUGGAACGCCAUUUGGAUUGGCUUGUAUGCUUUGCACCUUGAAAACUGGCUCCACUACUUCCUACUUACUACUCAAAAAGUUACAUAUUAUUAA